AUGCUGGAGCUAGAAGCCUUGAGAUACGUCGCUGAACACACAUCAAUUCCUGUCCCUAAAGUCUUCAACACCCACUAUCAUGAUGAUAGGCUCUAUAUCGAAAUGGAGUUUAUCCGUGGAAUGAGCCUCGAGAAAGCAUGGCACCGCGGCUACCUGUCGCAAGAUCAAAAGAAGCACAUCAUCAACCAGGUUGCGAGCUAUACUAGCCACAAGAAGGAAUAG